AUGGCAGAAGAAUUUGAUGAUGAUUAAUUUGAUGGAUAUGUUUCUACAAACAUCAAAAAUAGAUAUGACUAUUUUAAUGAUAUACAACCAGAAUAAGAGUAAACUUAAAUACAGAAUGCUCCAUUAUUUACUGUUACUUAAAUUCCAUAAUAUACUUCACAAAACACUCCACAAAUCUCAGAUAUAUCUAUUUUAUAUUAAAACCAACCAUUAAAUCAAUAAUCCCUUUUCAAUUCAAAUCCCCCUUUGUAACCCAAUUUUACAAAUUAAAACGAUAAUCAUCAUAGCCCCAUUUUUCACAUGCCUUAAGAUAAUAAUCCUAUCUAACUAGAAUCCUUAAAUUUAAAUGGCCAUUCAAAUUUUGCAUAAUAAUCAUAAUAAUAAUCUUAAGCUUAUGAAGAUGAAGAAUUUUAAGAAGGGGAAUUUAUAGAAGAACAAAAACCUGUUCAAAUAUAAUAAACAUCAUUAUUGGUAGAUCAACCCUAAGUCUUAAGCAUAAAUAAAAACGAAUAACAUUUAAUUUCUACAAAUAUAGAACAAUAAGAUUAAUUAAUCAAUUUUGAAAUCUCUAAAAAUGGAAAUAUGUUACCUCUUAAAUAAUAAAAUUAAAAUAAUACAACUAUUUAAUAAGAAACUAAAAUAUAAUUAACUUCAAUUUAUGAUGCAUUUCCGUCUGAUCUAAAUGAAACACCAACAUAAUUAUAACCAUCUCCUUUAUUAUAAAUUUCAGAAUUGAAAUAAGAAGCAUAAAAUGAUUCAAAAUAUAAUAAUAAUGUAAAUUUAAUUGAAAUGUAUUAAAAUUCUAUUAUUUAACCCAUAAAUGAUUAAUAAGAAAGUUAAAAGAUUGAAUCAAAUACUCCUAUAUAAAAAUAAGAUUUAUUAAAUUUGAUUGAAUUUAAUACAGAUUCAAAUCCAAUUAAAAAUUAAUAAAAUUAUGAAUAAUAAUCUGAAACUUUGUUUUAAUUUUCAGAUGAGAAAUAAUAAUAAUAAUUACAUAUUUAAUAAGAUGUUUAAUAAAUAUAAAAUGAUUUAUUAUCAUUACAUAAUGAUUUUACCUAAGGUACAUUUUAAUCUUAAUAAUAAAAUUAUCAUAAUUUAAUAAGAAAUGGUAACCUUGAAAAUGAGGAAUUAUAAGAGGAAUCUAAAACUCCAAUCUAAGAGAUUCAAAAUAUUUAAUUUUAAUCUAAUCAAAUACCUCUAUAAAGUACAUAAUUAGAUAGUAAAAAUGAUAAUGAAGAAUUUGAUGAAUUUGUAGAAGGUGAGGAAAUAGAGAGUCCAUUCGAAAAUAAUUUAUAAAGUUAAAACAUAUAAAUUGAUUCUACUAUCAUAAAUUAAUAACAUUAAGUAGUAGUAUAAAAUCCAUAAAUUUAAAAUAUUUAAGAAUAAUUUAGUUCAUUAAGUUCAUAAUAAUAAGAAAAAUCAUUUUAAGAUAAUAAUUUAUCUUAGCUUAAUAAUAUUUAAUUAACACCAGAAAUAAAGAUAAAAUAAGGUCCAUUAAAAGCAGAACCUAUUUAAAAGAGAAAUUGGAGAAAUUAAAUAGAGGAUAUAGUUGGAUUUGAUGCAGAAUGUAUGGAUAGUUUUAUUGAAGAAUUAAGUGAUUUAAAAUUAAAUUUGUAUAAAGCUUAAGUUUUAGAAUAUGCUUAAUUGGCUAAAGAUAUAUAAGCUUUGAGAAAGAAAAAGUAGAUUCAUGUUGAUAAAGAAGAGUAUGAAGAAGCAACAGUUAUUAGAGAUACAUUAAGAGCAAAAGAGCCUAUAGCAAUGGUUUUGAAAAAGAAAAUAUUGUCUAUUGCUAAAGUCAUUGAUUUAAUGGAUUAAUAAGAUUUGGAUUAUCAUAUAAAGAAAUAUAUUUUUGAUCAUGAAAAUGAAAUACCAGAAAAUCCAUCAAUAGAAAUGCUUUUACCAAAGAUUUAGAUAAUAGAAGAGUUUGUAAGUAAAUUAAAAAAAGAAUUAAAAAAAUCAGAGUCUGUUUUAUCAAUAAUAAAAUUAUAAGGACAGUUAGAAAAAGUUAGAUAUGAAAAGAAAUAUCAAAAUUUUAUUUUGGGAUUAAGAAAGAUUAUAGGAAUGAGUCAUAGAUUUUCUUAAUUAAAUGAGAUUGUUUAAUCUGUAAAUGAUAGAUUAAGUGAUCUAAAAAUAGAUGUAUAAAUUUAUUUUUAAUUUUGAAUAGAAAGAAGUGAAUAAAUUAGAUUAUGAAUUCAUUUUUGAAAAUACAUUGAUACCAUAUUUGAAAGGAUAGUAAUAAUAACAGAAUUAUUGUAAUUAUUGUUUCCAAUCAAAAUCAGAUUUGAUUGAAUAUAAAGGUAAGUUAUACGAUGUUUGUUGUUUGAAUUUUUAUUAUAAUAUUAAUUGA